ACAACGGUUACCUACUCCUUUUCCGUAAAUUUCGUUCCGGUAAUAAAUUAUUACAGAAUUAUGAUGUAAAACAAAUCUCAUUUUAUGUAGUUGAUACUUUUCGAUAACUUUGCCAUAACAUGGAACUGAAGGAACUGUCUAAGCCUAAACUCCUCAUAGCUCAAGUAGACCAGAAAAAGGGUGGUGUUAACACAGAAAUAAUGACUAAUCAUAAAUGUGAAAAAAAUGAAGUAUCUGUGCCUUCUGCCAAUGGCUCGACAGUACCUUUGGUUAAUGCAGCACGCGGAGAUGAAGAAUUGGGAGAUUAUGAUCCAUUUGCCCACCGAAAACUUGACCAUCCCACAUCUGAUUUGGACACGUUGAUUCAUUUAUUGAAAGGGAGUUUGGGUAGUGGAAUUUUGGCCAUGCCUAUGGCGUUUGCCAACGCUGGUCUUUUCUUCGGAUUGUUUUGUACGUUUGCCAUUGGUAGCAUUUGUACUUACUGCGUGCAUAUAUUAGUCAAGAGUGCACAUGCUUUGUGUAGAAGAAAUAAAGUUCCAUCUUUAGGUUACGCGGAAGUAGCCGAAGCGGCUUUCUUAGCUGGUCCAAAAUCGAUUCGUCCAUGGGCCAAGUUUGCCAAAGCCAUGAUUAAUCUCUUUCUCGUAAUAGAUCUUCUGGGAUGUUGUUGUGUGUAUAUAAUGUUUGUCGCUGAGAAUAUUAAACAAGUUGUUGACAAUUACACACCGAAGGACACUCAUCAAGACAUUAAGAUUUACAUGGCGGCGCUGUUACCUCUACUUAUCUUAAUCAAUCUUAUAAGAAAUCUAAAAUACUUGUCACCGUUAUCAAUGAUUGCCAAUAUCCUAGUCGCCUCGGGAAUGGGUAUCACUUACUAUUAUCUCAUUAAUGAUAUGCCGUCUCUUGAUGAGAGACCAAAAAUGGUUGAGAUCACAAAACUGCCCAAAUUUUUUGGUACUGUUAUCUUUGCCUUGGAAGGCAUUGGUGUCGUAAUGCCUCUAGAAAACAACAUGAAGACUCCCACUCAUUUUAUUGGUUGUCCUGGAGUAUUAAACAUCGGGAUGUUUGUGGUAGUUCUCUUAUAUGCUACUACUGGUUUCCUCGGUUAUAAUAAAUACGGCCCAUUAACACAACCUAGCAUCACGUUAAAUCUUCCAGAAAGUGAACCAUUGGGACAAUCCGUGAAGUUGAUGAUUGCAGUUGCUGUUUUCUUCACCUACGCUUUGCAAUUCUAUGUCCCAAUGGAGAUUAUCUGGAAGAGCUUGAAGGGUUUGUUUAACAAGAGACCAAACCUAUCAGAAUACAGCAUUCGAAUUAGUUUAGUAAUUUUAACUGCGGUCAUUGCCAUUCUUGUUCCUGAUCUUGAGGGUCUGAUUUCGCUAGUAGGUGCGUUAUGUCUUUCGAUGUUAGGGUUGAUUUUCCCAGCUAUUAUUGACUUAGUCACGUUUUGGGAAGACCCAGGUUUUGGAAGGCUAAAUUGGCGGUUGUAUAAAAACAUUUUGUUGAUUUUCUUCGGCUUUGUGGGCUUUGCCACGGGGACUUAUGUCAGCAUACAAGGAAUCAUUGAGAGAGCAAAUAGUUCAUAAUUUAGGCGGUUUUCUAUCGUCUCUAGUGCUAAAAAUUACUUUCUAUGUAAAAUCUAACCAGUGUCGAGUCGAAACUCUAUAGAGUUUCAAAUUAAGCGGCUGGAACCCGGCUUAGUGAGAUCAAACAAUUUCGGAUUCUCUGUUUAGAUUAGUUAAAGCACCAAAGGGGACGUUUAGAAAACGCUUUAUUUUUAGUGUUGAAAAAGUAGACUGCAAGUACAACUGUGAUUGCUGUAAUUUUAUGUUUACUUCAUGAACCUUGCAUUGAUUCCUUUAUAUUGGCUUAUUUUUUUUGUAUAGUGAGACAUUCUACAUUCAUUCAGUUAUUUAUAUCUACCAUUGUGAUUUUUUUAGGUAAUAAGUUACUAACCGUUUACACUGUAAAGUUUUUUGUUGGUGUUCAUUAUUUUUUAUUUUCUUUAAAACAAAAUUUUUGACGAUGAACACCUACAAUUACAGUUUUCUUUAGCAAUCGCUGUAUUUAGUUCCAAAGGAACUGACUUGAUGGUGCCUUAUAUGAAAUUUUAAUCUGGUUUUUUCCAGACGCUGAAACAUUGUUGAUACCGUAAUUUGUUGGAAAAUUGAUUGAUUUAGAUAUUAUUUUUAUGUUCCUUAUAUUUACAAAUAGACAAGGAAAAAUUCACACGUUUCAUAUUCGAAAUUUAAAGUAACUGAUUAUUUUCAAGUCAAAUAAAUUUAUGUAUUUGGCAUUUUUUCAAAGUUUUUUAUAAUUAUUAUUGCCAAGCCGUACUACCGUCACAAUUAACAACAGCUUAAUACAUAAAUUUAAGUGAAAACUCGAAUUAAGUCAGAAGUUCCCUUCUAAUUUUAAUAUCUUGAUAUUAUUGAGUAACAUAUUUAAAAAUAAAACAUGGUUUUUGAUUAAAAAA